AUGUCAAACACUCGAAACGCUCCACUUCUCCUCAAUGAGUCCAACUAUACGACCUGGUCUUUUCUCAUGAUCGCUAAGCUGAGCAAAAUCGGAGCUCUCGAUGUUGUUCAAGGCUUAAUCCAGAAACCAGUACUCGUUGACAUCAAGAAACCUACUGAAGAAUUUGUGGUGUAUAGCGAAACAAAUCGGGUGGCGUACAUUGAAAUAAUCGAGCACCUCGACACCAAUCACCUGGCCUACAUCGCUCAGAUCCUCAAUGACGACGACUCCUUCGACGGUCAUUCGGUCUGGCAGAUCCUCAAGAAAAAAUACGCUGGCGACGAUUACAUCGCAAAAGAUUCAGCCCUCGAGAAGUUUCUUGACCUCGAAUAUCAUGGAUCAACGACUGAAUUCAUUUCGGAGAUUCGUGCUGCAAAUCAUCGACUAGUGACAGCUAAGGUCGGUCUAGACGAUCUAGUAAAGACCAGCAUCAUACUUCGGAAGCUUCCGUCCGAGUUCAAAUCCUUCAGAACCGUUGUCAGCGUUGGUUGCCCUCUCGAUUCCGUCGCCACUAUGCUCUCGCGACUUGAAAAACAUGCGGCUCAAAAUCAUCUCGACCGUUCCUCGGAUUCACGAUCUGUUCCCACUGCGACAAAGCCGGUCACAAGGAGUCGAUCUGCUUCGAAAAGCACCCUGAACAACGACCAUCAAAAACAUCAAUCUCUUCGGUAUCAUCGAAAUCCAAGCCAGUUGCUCAAGCCCACCUAG